GCCGCACAAAGGCCGGGCCGCUUCACCGCACGCAGAGAUCCGUCCGCGGCCUCCCCUUCCCGGCUCGGGCCGCCACCGCCUUCCGGUCCGGGGCCCCGCGCCCCCGCCGCGUCCCCCUCGGGACGCAGGACACAGCGGGGUGGCCCGCUUUCCAGGUGGGCAGCGUCGCGCAGCGCCCCCGCGGACGGACUACUUCGCGUCCCCCGAAGAGGGACUACUUCCGCCCACCCCCGCGGAGGCGGCGCGCGCAGGAGGCGCGCACGGCAUGGCGGCGGCGGCGCGCGCCUGAGGUGAGGGGACGCCGGCCAGCUCAGGCCUCGGCGCGGCCUGCACGCCCCGCUCGCUCUCUCCCGCUCCCGCCCCCGCGCCCUGCCAUGGCGGAGCCGUCGCCCGCCCGACGCCCGGUGCCCCUCAUCGAGUCGGAGCUGUACUUCCUCAUCGCCCGGUAUCUAUCGGCCGGCCCGUGCCGCAGAGCCGCCCAGGUGCUGGUGCAGGAGCUGGAGCAGUACCAGCUGUUGCCGAAGAGGCUGGACUGGGAGGGCAACGAGCACAGCAGGAGCUACGAGGAAUUGGUCUUGUCUAAUAAGCAUGUGGCUCCUGAUCAUCUGUUGCAAAUCUGCCAGCGCAUCGGUCCUAUACUGGAUAAAGAAAUUCCACCCAGUAUUUCAAGAGUCACUUCUUUACUUGGUGCAGGAAGACAGUCUUUGCUACGUACUGCAAAAGACUGCAGGCACACAGUGUGGAAGGGCUCUGCCUUUGCUGCUCUUCACAGAGGAAGACCUCCUGAAAUGCCUGUGAAUUAUGGUUUCCCACCAAAUCUCGUGGAGAUACAUCGAGGAAAGCAACUCACAGGGUGUUCCACUUUUAGCACAGCAUUUCCAGGAGCUAUGUAUCAGCACAUAAAAAUGCACAGGAGGAUUCUUGGACAUCUGUCUGCCGUUUACUGUGUAGCCUUUGAUAGGACAGGACAUAGAAUCUUCACAGGUUCAGAUGAUUGUUUGGUAAAGAUUUGGUCAACACAUAAUGGCCGCCUAUUAUCGACACUAAGAGGUCAUUCUGCAGAAAUUUCCGAUAUGGCAGUGAACUAUGAGAACACAUUGAUUGCUGCGGGGAGCUGUGAUAAAAUCAUUCGAGUAUGGUGCUUGAGAACUUGUGCCCCAGUUGCUGUGCUCCAAGGACACACAGGAUCGAUUACAUCUCUGCAGUUUAGCCCCAUGGCCAAAGGUUCUCAGAGAUACAUGGUUUCCACUGGUGCUGAUGGGACAGUUUGCUUUUGGCAAUGGGAUUUACAGUCUCUGAAAUUCAGUCCACGCCCCCUGAAGUUCACUGAAAAGCCCAGGCCAGGUGUUCAAAUGCUUUGUUCUUCUUUUAGUGUUGGUGGUAUGUUUUUAGCUACAGGAAGUACUGAUCAUGUAAUCAGAAUGUAUUUUUUGGGUUUUGAAGCACCCGAAAAAAUUGCAGAACUUGAAAGCCACACAGAUAAAGUAGAUAGUAUCCAAUUUUGUAACAACGGUGACCGGUUCCUAAGUGGUAGCAGAGAUGGAACAGCACGAAUUUGGAGGUUUGAACAGUUAGAAUGGAGAAGCAUUUUAUUGGAUAUGGCUACCAGAAUCUCAGGAGACUUGUCUUCUGAAGAGGAAAGGUUUAUGAAACCCAAAGUAACAAUGAUAGCUUGGAAUCAGAAUGAUAGCAUUGUUGUCACAGCUGUGAAUGAUCAUGUCCUCAAAGUGUGGAAUUCUUACACUGGACACCUGCUUCAUAAUUUACUGGGACAUGCUGAUGAAGUAUUUGUUUUGGAGACACAUCCUUUUGAUUCCAGAAUCAUGUUAUCUGCUGGACAUGAUGGCAGCAUAUUUAUAUGGGAUAUUACAAAAGGCACCAAGUUGAAACACUAUUUUAAUACGAUUGAAGGGCAAGGACAUGGAGCUGUGUUUGACUGCAAGUUUUCACAGGAUGGACAACAUUUUGCCUGUACAGAUUCUCAUGGGCAUCUUCUGAUAUUUGGUUUUGGAUGCAGCAAACCAUAUGAAAAGAUUCCCGAUCAGAUGUUCUUCCAUACUGACUACCGACCGCUGAUUAGAGAUUCUAAUAAUUAUGUCUUAGAUGAGCAAACUCAGCAGGCUCCUCAUCUUAUGCCUCCACCAUUUUUGGUGGAUGUUGAUGGAAAUCCUCAUCCAACUAAGUACCAGAGAUUGGUACCCGGUCGGGAAAACUCUGCCGAUGAGCACUUGGUUCCACAGCUUGGCUAUGUGGCCACAAGUGAUGGAGAGGUAAUUGAACAAGUCAUAAGCCUCCAAACCAAUGACAGUGGGGAGGGAAGCCCGGAGCCCAGCAUCCUGGAUGGAAUGAUAAGGCAGUUGCAGCAGCAGCAGGAUCAGAGGAUGGGAGCAGAUCAGGAGCCUGUUCCUGGUGGACUUCUGAAUGGGGAAGAAACGCCUCGGAGAGGCUUUAGAAGAGUAAGUUUAGACAUCCAGUCCCCUCCAAAUAUUGGUUUGCGUCGUAGUGGACAAGUUGAAGGUGUCCGCCAGAUGCACCAAAAUGCUCCGAGGAGUCAGAUGGCGACAGAACGGGACCUGCAGGCUUGGAAACGAAGAGUGGUUGUACCAGAGGUACCACUAGGCAUAUUUAGGAGGUUAGAAGACUUUCGAAUAGAGAAAGGUGAAGAGGAAAGAAAUCUGUAUAUAAUAGGAAGAAAAAGGAAGACUCUUCAGCUCUCACAAAAGGCGGAUUCGGUGGUUUUGGUGUCACAGUCCAGGCAGAGGACGUGCAGACGGAAGUACCCAGCUUACGGUAGGAGCAGCACUGGCCGCCGGGAGUUAUCUUCCGGAAACGAGUCUUCAUGCUCUGCAAGACAUGAGACCUCCUGUGACCAAAGUGAAGGUUCUUGUUCUUCAGAAGAAGAUGAAUGGAAGAGUGAUAGAAAAAGUGAAAGUUACAGUGAAAGUUCAAGUGACUCCUCAUCUCGAUACUCUGAUUGGACAGCUGAUGCAGGCAUCAAUUUGCAGCCUCCUUUGAGAACAUCAUGUCGUCGACGAAUUACCCGAUUUUGUAGUAGUUCAGAGGAUGAAAUGUCGACUGAGAAUUUAUCUCCUCCAAAAAGACGGAGGAGAAAGAAAGAGAGUAAGCCUAAACAAGAGACUUUGCAGAGGAUGAGUCCAGCAGAGCUUGAACAUAUGGAACAUUUAUAUGAAUUUCAUCCUCCAGUGUGGAUAACAGACACCACACUUCGAAAGUCCCCCUUUGUUCCUCAAAUGGGUGAUGAGGUCAUCUAUUUUCGACAAGGCCAUGAAGCUUAUAUUGAAGCUGUCAAAAGAAAUAACAUUUAUGAACUGAACCCUAACAAGGAGCCAUGGAGAAAAAUGGAUCUUAGGGAUCAAGAAUUGGUCAAAAUAGUUGGAAUACGGUACGAAGUUGGGCCCCCUACACUCUGUUGCCUUAAACUAGCGUUUAUAGAUCCUGCGACUGGAAGACUAAUGGAUAAAUCUUUCUCUAUUAGAUACCACGAUAUGCCGGAUGUUAUUGAUUUUCUUGUAUUGCGUCAGUUUUAUGAUGAAGCAAGACAGAGAAAUUGGCAGUCUUGUGACAGAUUCCGAUCUAUUAUUGAUGACGCUUGGUGGUUUGGAACAGUGUUAAGUCAAGAGCCCUAUCAACCACAGUAUCCUGAUAGUCAUUUCCAGUGUUACAUUGUUAGGUGGGACAAUACUGAAAUUGAAAAACUUAGCCCAUGGGACAUGGAACCAAUUCCUGAAAAUGUUGAUCCACCUGAAGAAGUUGGAGCAAGUAUUUCUGUUACAUCAGAUGAGCUAGAGAAAUUGCUCUACAAACCACAAGAUGGUGAAUGGGGUCAGAAAUCAAGAGAUGAGGAAUGUGAACGGAUUAUCAGCGGUAUAGAUCAGCUGUUGAAUCUUGAUAUAGCAGCAGCUUUUUCAGGCCCAGUUGAUUUGUGUACGUAUCCCAAGUACUGUACUGUAGUAGCUUAUCCAACUGAUCUUUACACAAUUCGAAUGAGACUCGUUAAUCGAUUUUACAGGAGAUUGUCUGCAUUAAUUUGGGAAGUCAGAUACAUAGAACAUAACGCCAGAACAUUUAAUGAACCUGAAAGUGUAAUCGCAAGAUCAGCUAAAAAGAUAACUGACCAACUUUUAAAAUUUAUUAAGAAUCAAGAGUGCACAAAUAUCUCGGAACUGUCUAACACAUCUGAAAAUGAAGAACAAAAUGCUGAGGAUCUGGAUGACAGUGAUAUUCCUAAAACAUCCUCUGGAAGGAGGAGAGCCCAUGGCUGGAAAAAAAAGAACAACAGUAGAGCUGCCAGGUACCUUGAAAGCAGCUGGAAGAGACAAUGUAAGGAGCUGGUGAGCCUGAUUUUCCAGUGUGAGGAUUCUGAGCCAUUUAGACAGCCUGUGGAUCUGGUGGAGUACCCAGACUACCGAGAUAUUAUAGAUACACCAAUGGAUUUUGGAACAGUGAGGGAAACUCUAGAAGCAGGAAAUUAUGACAGCCCUUUGGAAUUUUGCAAAGACAUCCGAUUGAUAUUUAGCAAUGCCAGAGCAUAUACACCGAACAAAAGAUCAAAGAUUUACAGUAUGACCUUGAGAUUGUCUGCUUUAUUUGAAGAGAAAAUGAAGAAAAUUUCUUCUGAUUUUAAAAUUGGUCAAAAAUUCAAUGAAAAACUUCGACGAAGCCAGAGAUUCAAGCAAAGACAAAAUUGUAAUGGUGUUGUUCAGGCCAACAAAAGUAUGAGAAAUAUCAAGCAGAAACGGUUAAAAUCUCAGCCAAAAUUAAUUCCUGAGGUGGAAGAUUCGCCUACUCAGUCAACCUCAAGUAGGGCAGCUCACUCUGCCACAUGCAAGACAAGUGCUGGUGUGUCUUCAGGUGUUACAUCUGGGGACUCUUCAGAUUCAGUAGGAUCGCUGGAGAGGACGAGAAGAAAUAGACCUGUAACUCUGCGAAAUGAUUCUCUGCUAUCUGAAAGUGAAAUGGAAGAUUCCUUAGCUACCUCUUCAUCCUCUUCCUCUUUCAAUAGUUCAGAGGAAAGCAAAGAGAGUUCGAGAGCACGAGAGUCCUCGCGUGGCGGGCUGUCCAGAAGCGGCAGCCGCAGGGUAACCAGGACUCGAGCUGCUCAGAGGAGAGCUGGUCCUCUUGCCUUAGAAAAUGGAUGUGGCAGAAAAGCCACUCGAAAAAGAAUCUAUUUAAGUGAUUCUGAUAACAAUUCACUGGAGACCAGUAAAAUUCUAAAAGCCAGAGCUGGUAAUAACCGAAAAGUCCUACGAAAGUGUGCUGCUGUGGCUGCCAAUAAGAUAAAAUUAAUGAGUGAUGUAGAAGAAAAUUCUAGCUCUGAAAGUGUGUGCUCUGGUCGGAAGCUGCCUCACCGCAAUGCUUCCGCUGUAGCUAGAAAGAAGUUACUACACAAUUCUGAAGAUGAUCAGAGCCUAAAGUCAGAUAUGGAAGAAGAAGAGCUAAAGGGUCAGACUCCACUGGUGCCAGCGUCUGGUUCUCAUGUUCCCCAGAAUACGGGCAGUGAACCUGAAGAUGGAGAUUCUGAAUCAGAAAGUGAUUUGCGAGUAGCCCGGAAAAAUUGGCAUGCUAAUGGUUGUAAGUCGCAUACUCCCGCAAGUUCCAAAACCAAAUUUCCUAAGAUAGAGUCUUCUGAGGAAGAUUCUAAGAGUCCUGAAUCAGAUAAUGGGCACAGCAGAACUGCUGGUCCUUCACCUUCGGAGAGGAAAGCUAAGCCAGAGAGCAUCUCAGAGGAAGCAGACUCUGAACCAGGAAACAAGGCAUUUUGCAAGAAUGCAAAUUUCUUUAAGAAAACAAAGAUCUUAAGUGAUUCCGAAGACUCAGAAUCCGAAGAGCAAGACAGAGACGAGGACAUGCGUCACAAAAUGGAAACGAGCCCAGUUACAGGAAACUUGAAAUGUGAGCCUGUUGCUGGGUCUCAGUGCGUCUCAGAUUAUGUAUCCGAAACUGAUUUAGAUUCAGGUGAUGACAAAACAAAAGAAAAACCAAACAAUUUUAUGAAAGAUUCUACAUCACAAGACAGUGCUCAGAGCAGAAAAGUUUCCAGGAAAAGGGUCUGCUCCAGUGACUCAGAGAGCAACGUGAAAGCAACCAAGAAACCACCACAGGCCACAGCAGGUCGCCUAAGGCUUACUCAGAGCAGUGCAGCUGCAGCUGCCAGUAAAACGAAGCUCAUUAGCACUGCCGAAAAUGUCAGCUUAGAAAAUGUGUGCACUAGGAGGAGAGGUGGACGGAAAAAAGUGCUCCAGGUUGCUGGUCCCACAGCUAGGAAGCCAGCGAGUGGUGGUGAGGAAGAUGUGAACGGGGCAGCGCCAGAUGAGCAGUGUGCCUGCCCAGGUACGCCGCCUGCCCCUGCCUCUACAGGCAGUGCGGAGCAUGCCAGCCAGCCUUUAAAGGGAGACUCGGACUUGGAAGGCACUUGGAAUCCAGACCAUGUGAACAGGCUUCCCAGCAGUAACACAGAUGCACCUUCUAAAACGGAGAAUUCCCCCAGUGGGUCUUCAGAAGAAGAGUCGCAAAGCCGUGCUCCAGGGAGGGAGAUGGGUAGAAAACUUUCUUCUGAGUCAGCUUCGGCACAAAAAGCUACUGCAGAGAACACCUUUGAAGAGGAGCUGAAUUAUGGGCUCCGCAGGUGGAAUGGCAGAAGACUCAGGACGUAUGGAAAGGCUCCUUUCAGCAAGUCCAAAGUGCUUGCUGAUUCACAGGCACCAGUGGAGAUGGAGAUAAAAAGGAAGAGACUGCGUCCUGAAUUAGAAAAUGUGCAGAUGUCUAGAACACCUGGGUGCUCACAGCAUGCACCCAGCACCAGUCCCAAGCCGUCAGAUUUGGGAUCUGUAACUGAGUCAGAUGUUGACUGUGCCAAUAACGCAAGAGGCAAAAGGAGGCAAGCUAGAGGAAGAGCAAGAGUAGUUAGAAAAGAAUCUGUUCCUAGAGACAGAGAACUCAAAACAAAAAUGAGAACAUGUAUGCAUAAACAGAAGGAUGCAGUGCAAAUGCCUAGUGAAACUCUGAAAGCAAAAGUGGUACCUGAGAAAAUUCCCCGCAGAUGUGCUACUGUUGCUGCAAAUAAGAUAAAGAUAAUGAGUAACCUAAAACAGACGAUUUCAGGACCAGAAAAUGUCUGGAUUAGGAAGAGUAGCAGAAAACUUCCCCAUCGAAAUGCUUCUGCUGCGGCUAAGAAAAAAUUACUGAAUGUUUAUAAAGACGAUGAUGCAACCAUAAAUUCUGAAAAUGAAAAAGAGCUAGAAGAUGUUAGUAGCAAAAUGCUUUUUCUAAGGCGGUUCAGAUCCUGGAAGGAAAAAGCACAAUAGUGACUGGGAAUAUAGAGUGGUGUGGAAGCAAGCAGGGGCCUGAAGUACAGUGGCAGUUGCUUCUGCGCCUCGCCCUGAAGCGAACCCCUUGUUGGCCUCCUUGGAGGAACCUUCUAAAAGCCAUGCUGCCGUGGUCAAGGCCUCCUCUCCCAGUGAGCGCACAGCACAGGGCAUUCUGAGGAGGUGGACUGUGAGCCUGUAGUCAGGUGGAAAGAAAAGACAGGGCCUGUCCUAAGGUUGCUGUCCCUUCCAGAAAGCAAAGGCCUGGAAGAAAUGUCUUGAGUAGAGGAGGAGAAUGGGAAGUGGACAGGAUAUUCAGGAAAAACUUUAAGGACUAAAAUUUUAAAAGCUCAUCCUUGGGCCGGGGCUUUAGCUCAGUGGUUUCACCACCUACUGUGCAAGCGCAAGGACCCGAGUUCGAUCCCCGGUACCAAAAAAAAAAGCUCAUCCUGAUGCUAAUUUUAAGGGUUCUCAAUUAGAAUAUAAAAAUUUAGACCACCAUGUCAAUUUAGAAAUUGGAGGGGGAACAUAUAGGGCACAUUUCCCAAGGACGUGCCAAUGAGCCCUUUUGACUUUGGGAUGGAACAAAAACUUUUGUCCUGAAAUUCGCAUCCCCAAAGGUUGAAACCAAAAGGACCAGGGGAUUUGAUGCUGGGGAUGUUAGUUCUGAACACAGUGUUGGAAAUAGGCAGUUGGAGAAAAUCCAUUCAUGUCUUACUUUGUUUAUAACACUGAAAUUUAUACUGAAUGAUUACUUGGUAUGACUAAUUCAGGGAUUAUAUAUUUUUCUAAGAAAGCUGUGAAUGUAACAGUCAAUUCAUGUAGCAACAAAAAUUAAGAAGCAGACUUAGUUUUAAUCAGAAAAUAAAAAGUAUAGCUUAAGAUCAAAUUGGUCAUAUUUUUCGAUGGUAUAAAAUCUUAUCUUUUAUGUUUCUCUGCAGCACCUUAAAAGUUAGAAGUUAAACACUGAGCAAAUUUAUUAUAAUCUCAUGAAACUUUAAUGACAGCUUGUCUGGUCUAUUUCAUUGUGGCCUUUGCUAGGAAUAGAAAAUUUGGUCAUUGUACUACAGAAUUUAUUUGCAGUAGGGUUUGGUUUGUUAAUAGGUAUUUGUUGACAUUAAGAUUGCCAGGUUAAAUGAAUGUAUUGCCAGUACUUUUUUAACAUAGUAAGAUGCUAUUGGAAAAGUAAAUUGUUACAAGCAAGUUGUUUUCCCAGUUUAAAGAUAUGACUAUUAAUACAUGAUUUACAUGUGUAAAUAUGAAAAAGUAAAAUGUAGAAACCUAGAGGUUUCUGUUUCUUUUUCAUAAAGACUAGUGCAUAUGUUUUGUUUAUACAGAUGGACCAGGUGUUUAGAUUACUUGAAAUAUUUGGGGCUGCAUGCUUUUUAAGCCAGAAUAUUCUAAACUACAAUGUGUGUCCAUUUCUCUUCUGUAGUGUACUUUAAUUUGAAAUACAGAUCUCCCUUAUCUUGUUAGUACAGGUGAGAAAUGGAAGACACCCUCAUAAACUGCUGUUAAUUUUAGGUGCAUGGGGUUUGAUGUUGGAGCUUUAAUGAAAUGCAUAAACUAAUUUUCAGUCCCCAAUUUUUAUUUCAUAGAAAUUUCUUACUGGGUAUAUCAUCAAGAAACAUCAUAAAUAUAGAAAGUCUGAAAUAUGAAAUUUUAUGCCAAAAUUUUUGACAGUCUGAUGAAUUUAAGCUUUCAAUUUAUAAUUUACUGUGCUAGGGUUAAUUUCUGUUCAUAUCUGAGAUUGUAUGGACAGCCUUUCAUAAUGGAAUCCCUUUUCUGGUUUUGUAAUUUGAACAUAUAUUUGCCUUUUCAUUUUUGAAGUGCUUGGCCUAAUUUUUUUUGUAAUUGCAUGAAAUAAGCAUUUGUUUGAAACAAUAUUCUUGCAAAACUGUUCUCUAUGAAUUGUAUGGAGAAUUUAAAUCAUAGCCAAAUGUAUUACUACUACUCUAUAAAAAUUUCAGAUUUCCAGAAAAGGUUUCUUUAUAACGUUAUGGAGAAAUCAAAUUGAGUAUUUUUAGUGGUCAAAUGAAAGAUAAUUUAACAAAAGGACUAAAAAUGAUGCCCAAAUAGCUUCUUACUCUGUAACUCAUUCUAUUAGAGCAAUUAACCAGGAGUCUUCCUGUUGUAAAAUACCAGACUGGCAGUCUUGUAUAUCCUUUCUUGCUAACGAAUACCCAGUUUCCAAGCUCUUACUUGCUAGCGCUUUUGUCUUAAUGUGUUCAUUCCUAAAUGCUCAUUUAAAAAAAAAGAUGUGUAAAAUUGUUAAAUACUGAUUAUAUGUAAAUAACUUAUUUUUCCACAUCCUAAGACAUUUCCAGCCAUUUUGAGUUUUUGUUUAAUCUCAAGGUUCCCUGCAACCCCAAAGUAGUACUUCCCUUAUGACUACUGAAGAGUCUAAAACGCCGGCAAUGCCAUGUAUUUCAGCACAACUAAAUCUAGGAUACGGUUAUUUUCAUUGCAGUACUAGAUAGUUUCAGUUAAAUUACAGCACAUUUGUCCUCUUUCGGUUUGCUUGCUUGUAACAGUGCUCUGUGAACUUGUCUUCCAGCACAUGGCAAAAAGAACUAAUUCAAAAGCAUAAUCAUAUACUUUGCUUAUUAAUGAAAAGCUGUUUCAAACGAAAACCAAUUUGUAGUAGUUAUAAAUGGUCAGUUUUAAAAACUAUUUUUGCAUUCUCAUAAAAAUGUUUUUUAGGUCAGCUUGACAAUCAUCAGCUUUUGAAAUGUGAGUUCCUGUAUCCGAGUAAAAGUCAUUUUUACAACACCA